AUGAUGAAUAUGCAGUAUGCAAGAAAGACUAGGAUCGCGAACCCCGACGAGGCCGGCGAGGCCACGAUUCUGCAGACUGGCCUGGCCGUAUGCCGGUCCAUGCACGAGGAACUAGAGAUACGACUUCAGCCAGUUAAGGGUCUUGGCAUGGGAGGAUGCGGCUUCGAAGAGGACAAGGACAAGGACAAGGACAAGGACAAGGAACCGCUCGUGUGGCCUCUUUGUUCACGACCCGGCAGUCUGGAUAGCUGGAGUCCUGAUCCCACGACUGCCGGGUGGAUGAUUCGCUGGCAAGUCGAUAGGGUGUGGCAGCCUGGGGUAUACGAGCACAAAGCGCCGAAGGACACGGCCAGAGAAUGUGGUGUAGUUAAGUUUACUCGGAGGUUUUCGACGUUUAGCGGCGGCGAUGGGAAACGGAGGUGGACAACGAGCGCCUGA